UCAGAAUUUGAGUCUUGCUCUACUGGCUUUCCAAAUUGGCAUCCUAUUUUAUAAAUUAAUCAUCUCCAAUGUGAAUAAUUACUGAUGUGUAGUUCAUCUUGUAAUUUUUUAAAUCAUUCCACAGCUUAGUGUCUUGGUCAUCAGAUUCUUCUGUGUGAAAUUGAUGGCUGUAAUAUUUUAAAUUCUGGAAAAAUAAAAAUAUUGAGCAAUAGCAAGUUGGUGUACAUCUAUCAUUAAGAAAGAAUUAUGGCGUCUGAUGCUGACGUUGCUGCUAUAGGAUCCUUGCUACAAGACUCCACACGUCCUCUCAAAGAGCGUUUUCGCGCGCUCUUCACGCUCCGAAAUUUGGGAGGCGAGGUUGCCAUCAAUGCCAUCGCCAACACCUUCUCUGACGAAUCUGCCUUGCUGAAGCAUGAACUUGCCUAUUGCCUGGGGCAAAUGAAAGACUCGAAAGCCAUACCGACGUUACUUAAAGUGCUUGAAGAUCGUUCUCAAGAACCUAUGGUACGUCAUGAAGCUGGUGAAGCCCUUGGAGCGAUAGGGGAUGCAACAGUCAUGCCAAUUCUUGAGAAAUACUCAAAGGAUGAUGUAGUAGAAGUCGCAGAAACCUGUCAUUUAGCCUUGGAAAGAUUAAAAUUUCUACAUGGCGAUGCAGACAGGUCUCGAAGUUUUGAAGGAGCUGAUAAAUUUACAUCAAUCGACCCUACACCUCCUAGCACCUGCAUGGAUUUGCAAAAAUUACGGGAUACACUUCUAAAUGAGAAAAUUCCUCUUUAUGAACGUUACCGAGCUAUGUUCUCCUUGCGCAAUAUCAACUCCAAGGAAAGUGCUAAAGUACUGUCAGAAGGCUUCAGCUGCGGCAGUGCUCUGUUCAGGCAUGAAAUAGGCUUUGUGUUGGGCCAAAUGGAAUGUGCAGAUGUGGUCGACGAACUGGCGACAGUCGUGCGCAACCGCAGCGAGAGCGGCAUGGUUAGGCAUGAGGCUGCCGAGGCUUUAGGGGCCAUCGCCACCGAAGAGGCCAUGAAAGUCCUGAGAGAACAUCUUGAUGACCCCAUCGAUGUGGUCAGAGAGAGCUGCGAAGUUGCUUUGGAUAUGUGCGACUACAACAACAGUAAAGAGUUCCAAUACGCAAACGCCCUGCAGUAUGUGCAAUAAAGACCAUCAA